AUGGCAUUCUUAUCCAUGAAUAAUGAUUAUGAGAAAGAAUAUUCAGAUUUAUCAAAAAUCAUCUAUUUGGACAAUAAUGCGACGACACGAGAAGAUAAAAAUGUCAUUGAAUCAAUGAUUAAUCAUUUAAAAUCGACAAAUUUAUUUGGAAAUGCAAGUUCAUCUCAUUUAAUUGGAAUUGAAACAAAAUAUUUAAUAAACGAAUCGAGAGAACAAGUGAGAAAGUCAAUCAAUGCAUCGAAUCUCAACGAAAUUAUUUUUACAAGUGGUGGAACUGAAUCAAAUAAUUUAGCUCUUCAUGGAAUUCUCAAAUUAAAUCUCAAAAUCAAUCAACAUGUCGUCACAAGUCCAUUUGAACAUCCAUCUGUUCUUAAUCUUCUCAAAUCUUUACAAAAUUCCUAUGAAAAUAUUCAAAUUUCAUUUGUUAAAGUCAAUUCCAAUGGAAUUAUUGAUCUCGAACAUUUUCGACAAUUGAUUCAACCACAAACAAAACUUGUUACAAUAAUGCACAGUAACAAUGAAAUUGGAUCAAUUCAACCAAUUGAAGAAAUCGUUCGAAUUUGUCGUCAAUUUGGUUCAUCUGAUCUUCGAAUUCAUACAGAUGCAUCACAAUCUCUGGGAAAAGUUGCAAUUGAUGUAACACGUCUUGGUGUGGAUUUAUUAACGAUCUGUUCGCAUAAAUUUCAUGGUCCUAAAGGUAUUGGUGCUCUUUAUAUUCGAGAAGGAAUUCAAUUAGAACCAAUUCUCUAUGGUGCUCAACAUGAACAAGGUCUUCGACCAGGUACUGAGAAUGUUUUAGCAAUUGUUGGUUUAGGAAAAGCGUGUCAACUAAUAUCAAAUAAAACUUUAUUGAAUAAAAGAAUUGAACAAAUGAAGAGAACACGUGACCGGCUUUAUCAAGGAUUAAUUCAACAAUUUAAUGAAGAUUUUAUUCAUCGAAAUACACACGAAGUUUAUUCUUUACCAAAUACAUUGAAUUUAUCUUUUCGUGGAAUUAACGCCAAACAAUUAGUUCAGCAAUUGAAUGAUCGAUUAGCUUUUUCAACUGGUAGUGCUUGUCAUGAAGAUACAAAACAUCAAUCAAUGUCAACAACACUUCAAGCGAUUGGUACGAUUUCUCUUCUAUUCGUUAUUAUCUUUAAUAUGAAUAAUUCUCUUUUAUUCAAAGGUUUAUCAUGGGAAUUAGCACGUGGUACAAUUCGAUUGAGUACUUCUUAUAUGACAACUGAUGAUGAAAUAGAUCAAGCGAUUGCUCUUCUUACAAAUGCAAUCAGACAACAACUAUCUUCUUUUACUAAUGGAAAUCAUUAA